CAGCCAAGCAACCACUCAGAUGUCGCUUCAGGAAUCUAUCCAAGAUGUGGAAGAGGAUCCACAUAUGGGCUCCAAACAAGUGAGAACUACCGUUGAAAUGUCUGAUAGUCUUGUAUCUGAUAUAUCUCAUGAUGGUUGGAAAGUUCAAGGCAGAAAGCGCAGAAAUUCUCGGAAAAGGCCUGAACCAAGCGUCAUUAUGGCAACAACAACGGGCCCAAGGAAGGGUUCCUUAGGGUCGAACCCAUCAAUGAAAAAUCCCUCCUUUAAUGUGAAUCCUUUCCUGGUGUUGGCCGAAAUAAGCGAAGAAGAUUUUCAACAAGCUACACCAAGAAGAUACUUAUGUCUCAAAAGCUGAGACAAUUGCUGGUCACUGGAUCAAUGGACACCCCCGUGCUACUGAUAGCCGCUUCGCUCGUAGACUGAUAAUUAACGGUUGAAACAGGCCGUUCUUUCUAUCUCUUUCGAAAUCAAAAAUCAAAAAA